GAGGAAACUCAGGCAAAGGUCGACCAGUUAUACAAAGGAUUGAUGCCCUACUUUUCCUCAGUUGUCAAAGUAGCCAAUUGUGCCCUUAAUGACCUUCGAUAUCUGUCCUCGGCUUAGUUACGUUUAGCAGAGGUUGCUCCCCUUUGGCGGGAGGUAGUGUCUCAAUUACUGCUUAUAUAUGAUUGACUUUUUUUUUGUCGCCUCAAGCAUAUCUCACCUAUUGGAAGUACGGUAUGAAUUCUUUUCACUACGUGAAGGCACAAGUCUUUUCAGUGCGGAGUGCAGAAUUUCGGCUGUAGAAUGCGGGAUGGUGGGUAUCUCGGAACUAAUGACCAAUCCGAGUCACCAAUAUACACAGUACACCAGGCAUAAUAAAGGGGCCUAUAUUCAUCCGUGGUUAAUAAAUGCAAUUGAACGGACGGCUAAAGGUAAUUGCUUUUCCAACAGCAAAUAAGUAGGGUUCGGGCGAAGCGUGCAGAAGGUACCUCGAGGAAGAUGUCUGAGAGGAGACUUUCGAGAGUACACUACAC